AUGCUUUGGUUCGGCCUGUCGUUGCUGCUGUGCCUGCAAAAUGUCGCUGCCUGGCACUCCGACGAUGAUUUGAUGUCCUUUGUGACCCUUCCGGAUGUGAGAGCCGUCAGAUUCGACAUCACCUACCAAGACCGCAGUCGUGUUGCGCCGGGAUACUGGUUUGUCUCGCCGUAUUUACACAUCUCUCCGGAUGAGCCCACCAGCCUGUACGAGCAGUACCAGGUUGGCCCGCAUAUCUACGAUCAAGAUGGGCACCUCAUCUGGACCGGGUCGCCCAUGUUCGACAAUCAUAAUGUCUUCGACUUCAAGGUCAUCCACAGCAUUGGCAAUGAACCGCACAUCUCCUUAAUUUCGCAAUAUUCCUACGACUCAAGUUCACGUGGAUAUGGAAUGAUCUUGGAUAAAAAUUAUGAAGUAUUCAAAAAGGUUCCUCUGCGACAAGAUCUCGGCCUCUUCGAUAUCCAUGAGUUCAAUGUCCUCAAGGACGGAAAAUCCGCCCUGACGACGGUCUAUCUGAGGGAGGAGAUUUCUCUGGCAGAAUAUGGUCGCCCUGAGGAACAGACUUGGCUGCAGACUGGCGGCUUCGCUGAGAUCGACCUGAACACUGCCGAGGUGACUUACGAGUGGAGAUCGUACAAUCAGAUCCCCCUGGCUGAGAGUGUUCACUAUUCCCCUUAUGCCGGGGUGGAGGGUCCCCCUGGCUGGGAUUACGUGCACAUCAACGCAGUCGACAAGAACGACAACGGCGAUUAUCUGAUUUCUAUGCGCUUCACUAACACUCUCUACCUGGUUUCUGGGGUGGAUGGUCAUAUCAUCUGGAGACUCAAUGGACAGCAUGGUGGCGAUUUUGUCCAGGAAUUUACUUUCUCAAAACAACAUGAUGCCAAGUUCUUGGAAUCCUCGGGCACUCAUCAUAUUAUCUCUUUCCUGAACAAUGCAUCCGAUGAGGAAUUUGCCGAGGAGUCAGUCUCUUCCGCUUUGAUCAUCGAGGUGGAAUCGGGGACAGUGCCUAUGACCGCUCGGGUCCUCCACCGUUACAAUCGCCCCGAUGGCGAUCUCACUCGACUUCGUGGUAACUCCCAGGUGCUUCCGAACCAGAACAUGUUUGUUUGCUGGAGUCAAGGUGGCUAUAUCUCCGAGUUCUCGCUCGAGGGCGAUCCUCUUAUGAGUGCUCAAUUCACCUCCCCUCGCUACUCCAACUAUCGUGCCUACAAGUUCGAGUUCACUGGUCGCCCCCACACUCCUCCUGACGUUGUCUCAUCCGUGGUCGGAACCGACGAGUCGAACUUGGUUACCACGUUCUGGGUCAGCUGGAACGGUGCCACCGAUAUCGCCCACUGGAACUUCUAUGCCCAGGCAUCCCAAUUCAACAAGCCUGUAUUGGUAGGCAAUGCGUCGAAGACCGAUUUCGAGACCAUGUUCAUCGCCAAGGGAUAUCUCGACUGGGUCACCGUCGAGGCCGUCGACCACAACGGCACUGCCUUUGGCAUUUCGAAGGUGCACCGAACCAGCUUCCCCAACUGGGAGACCUCCGGGUGGAACGGGUACUCUUCCAGUCCUCGACCUCAAAACCCAGCGACCAUCCACCAGGAAGACACUAGCACUGUCGCAGAUGAUUGGACCAGCGACGAUGACCUUCUGCCGUCCGCGGAUGAUACGGCGGAUGCUCAAAUUCGCAAGGCCACGUUGACCUUGAUGAACACGUACGAGACGAUUCGCAGUAUAGGAGGUCUUUUCGCCCUCAUCUUGCUCCUGGCCUUGAUGUGCGGUAUCAUGGCGAGCUAUAUGCUGAUUCGUGGCUGGCGGGUCCGGUUAUACCAGCGUGUUCCCAUGGAGGAAGGAAUUCCUGAGGAAGAAGCUUAUCUCCGACCGGAAAUGACCGAUUGA